GAAUUCCGUUUUGAAAAUCAGUUUUAGGUCAAGAAAUACUCAUUACCAUCAUAAUUGUUUUGAAAUUUCAAAAUAAAUGGUUUUGUUUUUAAGGGUGGUGGUGGUCAAUAUUGAGUCACUGCCAGAGGGACUACCAAUAGAGACGCCUCUCCAUGCAAAAAGAAGUCGUACUUUGACCCUCAGUCCAUUGCAACUCAAUAUUAAGGCGCCACUACCUGUGGACCCAACAGUGGCUGAAGGUACACCACAUGAAGACAAAUCACUUCCUGUAAUGGUGCCGCCAUCUCCUGAAAUGAAUGGAAGUGGUGAACAAGGAAUGUCAUCGCCAAGUGGCAGUGGAGCCAGUGUGCAGCCUCCUCGCCCUCUUCAGUUGCUUCAGAAUGAAGAAUCUUUUUACAAUAUAGAUUAUGGAAGUGAAGAGUCUGAGGUAAGCGAGGAGGAAGAUUUGUUGACUACACUGAUUCCUAGGACCAUUAGAUUCCUAAUGAAUAUGGACAUGUCCCGGGAUGAUAACGUUGCUGCCACAACCAUGCUUCCUACGACCAUGCCAGAUCUUUCCACGUCUGCAACUGUUGCAAUAUCGCCACAUAGUUUUUAUGAUUUUGAGUGGAAAUCGUUUCCAAAUCCUCCUAUUCCACUUGAGUCGAGGAGAGAAACAUUUUCAAAGAGUAAUGUUGGUCCAACAACUCCAUGUGCUGACCCUUAUGACACAUUCAUUGCCAUUUGGGAUAGGCAAAUUAUGAAGCACAUUGCCUCGGAAACGAACAGAUAUGCUCAGGACGUGAUACAAAAGAUGAUUCCGCACAACACUGUCCGUACCCGGAGUCGUUUACAUUCAUGGCAUCCGACAACAGUUGACGAACUGUAUGUCUAUUUCGGCAUAACCCUGGCGAUGGGGGUACUAGUUAAAAACAACAUUGCAGAAUACUGGAGUGCCACUCCUGACAUAUUUUGUACACCUGGUUUUAGCGUGCACAUGUCUAGCCGACGUUUUCGAUUGUUAAGUAAAUUCUUGCAUUUUAACAACAAUAAGGGCAUGUCUUCGCUAAAACCGGACACUUCCGAGGCUAAAUUGUUUAAAAUGAAACCGCUGUUGUCACACCUAAAUAGUAAAUUUUGUAGCAUGUACAACAUGAGCCAAAACAUUGUGCUUGAUAAAUCGCUUUUGCAACGGAAAGGUCGCUUGGAUAUAAACCAAUUCAUUCCAAAUAAAGUCACCUCAGCAGGGAUUAAAACCUAUGAGAUCUGUGAAUCUCAAACUGGUUAUAUGUGGCGGUUUGAGAUUCAUGCUUAUGAGGCUUUUAAACAGACAAUCGUUUUGAGACUUAUACAAGGUCUUGAAUACAAGGGUCACACAUUGUGGAUGCAUAACUUUUACAAUUCACCAAUACUCGCCCGAAGGUUAAAGAGCUUUGGUAUUGACUGUGUUGGUCCCUUGAAGACCAAUUGUCAGUUUGUGCCCAAGACUCUGACCGGACUCACUAAAGCCAAUGUGCAACCAGGUGACAUCACUGGCUUUACGUCGGGUGAUGUAGAUCUGAUGGUAUGGAGAGAUCAGAACCUAGUGGCGACUAUCUCUACAUACCACGGAAAUGCUAUGACUCACGACAAUGGCCACCUCAAACCAAUUCUUAUUACAGACUAUAAGGUCAUGAUGGAUGGGGUGGAUAAAAAGGAUCAGAUGCUGGCGAUGUAUCCCAUCGAAAGGAAACGAACAAGGGUAUGGUGCAGGAAACUCUUUUGCAGACUUCUUAAUGUAUCUGUUUUGAAUAGUUAUAUACUUGUUAAACAAUCUUCUUCUUCCAUCUUACAUCGUUCUUUUCGUUUGUCCCUCAUAAAAUCUCUUUUAAAAAAUCAUGCUUCUGUUUCCGUUUCCAUUGUCGCACCUCCACAGUCCAGAUUAGAGAUAAAAUAUCAUCACCUAGCAGACUUACCAUAUUUGCCUGGCCAAACAAGGCGGCAACGGCGUACUUGUAGUAUUUGCAAAAAACGGGUACACACAUUCUGUGUAGGUUGCAACAAGGCUGUAUGUAUGACCUGUUUUGUUCCUCUACAUCCUGAAUAAUUUGUGUAUUAUGUAUUUAUUUGUACCAACCUUUGUUUGUUUGGAGUAUGAUAGGCUCACUUGAUGGUAGUUAAUUCUGUUAAUCCAUCCUUUAAUAUGCUUUGAGUUUUUUGACUGCUUUGAGUUAUAGUUUUAAUUCUGCUGAACCUUGGACUGUAAUAGGCUCACUUGAUGGUAUUAAUUACAGUUGAUUAUGCUGAACCUAUUUCGUUUGACCGACCAUCCAUGGAGUGAUGUGUGUAAAACAUAAGUGCGGCUUUGCAAAAGAAAGUAAUCGUAUUGUGAACCUUAUUUUUUCCAGUUAAACAACUUAUUAUUUUUGUUAACAAUCUAAUGCUAAUGGAAUUAUAAUUUAUAGUUAUUCUAAUCACAUUUUAUAUUCAAACAAUACCUACAUGAUUUAAUUUAUCGAAUUGCGAAUGUCAUUUUUUAUACAGUUAAAUAACCUAUUAAUUUUUCUUAUACAGUCUAAUCCUAAUGGAAUUUUAGUUAUAAUAUAAUAUACUAUUAUGUUACAUUUUAUUUAAAAAAAUAAACUUAUUAUUUAGAUGUGACAGCACUCCAUACUAUCAUGGCCAUAUUGCACCUUUUGCAGUGAAAUUGCAUGUUUUUGAUGUAAAUUUCUGGAUUUAGAGAGAUGUCUUUUUGUAAUAUAUUUUGUACUUGCUAUUUCAUCGAAAUGUAGAAUAUAAAUUUAUAAGACUAUAAUAUCUAACACAAUUUUCUCUAUAACCCGAAGAGGAGGGGGCCACCUACAACUAUGUUAUAGCAUGUUGUUGGUUUUAUGUCCAUAAAUAUUUAACUAAACAAUCUUUACAUCUGUACCUUUUUCUGAUAAGUAUUUAAGCCAAACUAAAAAUCGCCGCUUACUAUUAAACUCUUAAAUUACGCCAUAUCCGAAUGGUUAUUUACAUACUUGUCAAAGUUAUAGACCCCGUCAAACAGUAUAGUAAUGAGAAAUAUUUAGAAGGGACCCCAUCAGAUGAAGCUUCAUCUGAAGGGACCCCAUAGAACAAUAGAUAAGUGUGUUCAGAACUUACGAGUACAAAUAAGCAAGGUAUAGAGCGCGCGUAUCGCUCAAUGCCCAUUAUGCCAAGGUAACCAGAUGUUCUGUAAAUACUGAUGCAUAGUGGAGAGUGUUUGAAUAGUUAUUGUACUAAGUUAUUAAUUUGAUUAUGUAAGUACUUGUAAAUAUUUGGUAAGUGAUAAUGAAAAGGUAUGUUUUAGCUCAAUAAAACAGGUACGAAUU